AUGAACGAGAAACAGGCAGAAAAUGCUCUGCUUGCAACUAACCCACCAAGGGUUCAGGCAUCCAACUAUAGAAAACCUGGCUUAAGUACAGCCCAGCGGAAGAAAAGUGGCUUGAAACCUGAACUUACAGAAGAGCAAAAGCAGGAGAUCAGAGAAGCUUUUGAUUUGUUUGAUACUGAUGGAUCUGGAAGCAUUGACAUAAAAGAACUGAAGGUUGCUAUGCGUGCUUUAGGCUUCGAGCCAAAGAAGGAAGAAAUUAAGAAAAUGAUAGCAGAUAUUGACAAAGAAGGAAGUGGCACCAUUGACUUUGAAGACUUUUUGGCUAUGAUGACGCAAAAAAUGAGCGAAAAGGAUUCAAAAGAAGAAAUCUUGAAAGCUUUUAGAUUAUUUGAUGAUGAUGGGACAGGCAAAAUUUCAUUCAAAAACUUGAAGAGGGUUGCCAAGGAGCUGGGAGAAAAUUUAACAGAUGAAGAACUUCAGGAAAUGAUUGAUGAAGCUGAUCGAGAUGGAGAUGGAGAAGUAAGCGAGCAAGAAUUUUUGAGAAUCAUGAAGAAAACUAGCUUAUAUUAAUAUUUGUUGCCUUGCUAUACAGCUGGUCCAAAAGAUAACCUGGAAAAGACUUAAAAACUGGGCUUGUCUCUCCUGCGUAUUUUCUGCCAUAUAAAGAAAGUCUGAAAGGACAGAUUUUUCAUUCAUUCUUCUUUUUCAGCAAAGUUAAUUGGGGAAGGGGGGCUUCAGUACCCAGAACUGUUAAAAUGAGACACUGCAGAAGUGAAAAGGGAGGAUGAACUGAACCUGAAAGGCAGGGUCCCUUCCCCUCCCCCCCGACAAUUUUAUUGAUUGCCAUUUUGGAUAAAGAAUGCUGUGUUUCAGCUAUUUAACUAAAAGACAUUUCACUUGAGAUGUGAAGAUUCCCACUGCUGCUGGGAAAGGCCACUUUUGACUUUCCU